CGCAUCUACUACAUAGAAAUUAAUACUCAUUCUUGUCCCGCAUUAUACGCCAUGUCCCAUCCAGUCGUUGAAUUUACCUCUCAAUCCUCUUGGGACCUCAUCGAGGACAAGUUCACCCCGUUCGGCAAGGAGACUCUUGCCAAACUUGUGCAGUUCUUCAAGGAUGAGAUUCUGCCUGCCCAAAGGCUGGCUCAUGAACAGAUCCCCAAGGACCUUGAGCUGCGCUGGAAGACGGUGGUCCCGGUCAUCGAGGAGCUGAAAGUGAAGGCACGCAAGCUCGGCCUCUGGAAUCUGUUCCUCAGUAAGGCGCACUACCCUAAGUACGGUGUCCCCUUGUCAAACCUUGAGUAUGCUGUUAUGGCCGAGAUUUUGGGCCGUGGUGGACAUAUGGCUUCUGAAGCGCUGAACUGUGCAGCCCCUGACACUGGAAAUAUGGAGGUGCUUGCUAGAUAUGGUACUCCAGAGCAGCAGAAACAAUGGCUUGAGCCUCUCCUUGACGGCAAGAUUCGGUCUGCCUUCGCCAUGACCGAAAGGUUUGUGGCCUCGUCUGACGCCAAGAACAUCAAGACCUCUAUCAGGAGGGAGGGGAACGAGAUUGUCAUCAACGGCCACAAAUGGUGGAUCAGUGGCGCCGGUGACCCGCGGACGAAACUCCAUCUCGUCAUGGGCAAGAGCGACCCCGACAACGCUGACAGCUACCGCCAGCAAAGCGUCGUCAUCGUCCCUGCUGACGCACCUGGGGUCAAGGUCAUCCGCCCCAUGGAGGUGUUCGGCUAUGACGACGCGCCCGAGGGCCACUGUGAGGUUAUCUAUGAUAACGUCCGUGUGCCCUUGUCAAACCUUGUGCUCGGCUGGGGACGAGGCUUCGAGAUCAUUCAAGGUCGUUUGGGCCCAGGUCGUAUUCACCAUUGCAUGAGGUCCAUCGGCUGCGCGUCCGUGGCAUUGGACUUGAUGAUCCAGCGGGUGACUGACCCCAACAGAAAGACCUUUGGUAAAUUCUUGUACCAACACGGCACAGUCAUCUCAGAAAUCGCACAAUCCCGUGCCGACAUCGAAGCCGCACGGCUGCUCGUCCUGAGCGCUGCUGUGCAGAUUGACAAGCACAUGGCGAAGGGUGCCUUGAAGGAAAUUGGCAUUGCAAAGUUUGUUGUUCCUUCUAUGGCUUGCACCGUCGUCGACCGCGCCAUGCAAGCCUUCGGUGCCGAAGGUCUCAGUCAAGACCAGCCCCUUGCAAGUGCCUACGCACAGCUGAGGACCUUGCGCUUCGCAGAUGGACCCGACGCUGUCCACCUUCAACAGAUUGGACAAAGGGAGCUGAAACGUGCCCCCGAGCUUCAUAGGCGUGCCGCUGAGCUGAAGGAGAAGGAGAAGGCUGUUUGGGAGAAGGCCGGGAUGAAGGCCCGCCUGUAAUCAUGAAGAAUGUUUCGUCACGCUAUAAUUUUGUUUAAAUAUAUUCGUCGUGUACUGAGAAUGUGGGGUGGUUCUUGGAUCUUCCUGCCUCAAUCAGGGGCUUAUAACAUAAAC